GACUGAACUCACCUGCAGGACGCUGAAACGGACCGCUGGAAUCCGACCCAUCAGGGAAUAAUCUGGGAACAAAUCAGGAGAACCCGGUCAGUUCACCUGCAGGACGAUCAGGCGCUUUACAAGCUGCGUGUGUUUGUGUGUGUUUGUGUGUUUGUGUGUAAAUACCUGAGCAGGUAUUUCAAGACUCUCGGUCAGAAGCAGCUGCAUCAUGCAGCAGAUCUACUCACAGCGAGACGAGCAGCUUGAGGUUUUCACCACCAUCUUCUCUCCACAGGUUUGCAGGACAAGAGCAAGACAUGUGGAGGGAGACAAGGUGGCGGUGGUGACCAACCAGUACCGGUCUCGUAGGCCCAGGGAACUGGACCUGGAACCCGGAGACCUGAUCCAGGUUCUGGUUCAGGUCGACGAGUCCUGCUGGUUCGGACGCCUGGAGAACGGAGCGGAGGGAUUCUUCCCAUCGGCCUGCGUGGAGCUGAUGCAGGGCGGAGCCUCAUCUGGAGCCACUCCCACUCUGCUGAGGAGGGGUUCUGUUCCUGCUAUGGUUCAGAGGCACAGCGCCCCCUGUGGCUGCAGCAGUGGCCGCAGCACGCCCCGGCUGCUGAGGAAGACCGACCCCCACACUGGCCCCGCCCAACGUGGCUCCGCCCCCUCCGGCUUCCUCUGCAGAGUCCUCACCCAGUCCAGGAGGAGGAGCUGCUGCCCCCUGCUGGGCCGGCCGCAUGGCGACACCAGCGCCGACAACAACGCCUUCCAGCCCGACUAGACCAGAACCAGAACCAGGGGGGCUGACUCUGGGUCUGAUCCUGGUACUGAUAUAGGAAGUUUGGCUCCGGUGGAUUCUGACUCUUAUCCAGAACUGAGAGUGUAGAAGGUCCAAGUCCAGCCGGGACCUGGACCGACCAGAGUCUGGUUCUGAAGAACCAGAGAGUUGCAUUCAUCAGAAGCGCUAACCGGACCUCGGUUCUGGAACAGAGGCAUACGGAGAACAGUCCGAGUGUUUCCAUCUGGUCCUUUAUUCUCACAAGAAAUUAUCAGAGUCACAGCCAGACCCAGGUCCGGUCGGGUCCGAUAGAAACUGGAUUUUCACACAGAACUUCAUCUGUACUGGUUCUGUCCUAAACAAAGUUCUCCAUGUGUUCUAAACAUUCAAAUAAAGGUUUAGUCAUGUAAAUCA